CCCUGACCGGGCUCUUCUUCCCCAUUCCCAGUUCCCUGACCGGGCUCUUCUUCCCCAUUCCCGAUUCCCGGUCCCCUGAGGCCUCUCCCUCCCCGUGUGUGUCCCCGCCGUGCACCAACGGGCACCUGAUGUGCGCCGGCUGCUUCAUCCACCUGCUGGCGGACGCGCGGCUGACGGAGGAGAAGGCGACCUGCCCCAAAUGCCGCUGCGAGAUCAGCAAGAGCCUGUGCUGCCGCAACCUGGCCGUGGAGAAGGCCGUCAGCGAGCUGCCCUCCGAGUGCGGCUUCUGCGCCCAGCAGUUCCCCCGCUCCCUGCUCGAGAGGCACCAGAAGGAGGAGUGCCAGGACCGGGUGACCCAGUGCAAGUACAAGCGGAUCGGGUGCCCCUGGCAGGGCCCCUACCACGAGCUGACGGUGCACGAGGCCGAGUGCACCCACCCCACCAAGACGGGCAACGAGCUCAUGGAGAUCCUGGACGAGAUGGACCAAACGAGGAAGAAGGAGAUGCAGCUCUACGACAGCAUCUUCAGCCUGCUCAGCUUCGAGAAGAUCGGCUACACAGGUAGCCGGCGAUCCCGGGGAUCCCGCUCGGCCCCACGGAUUGGGGGCCUGGGGGCUCCUCAGCCCUUUCUCACAAACCCCCGUGGCUCCUCAUCCCCUGGGGACUCCUCAUCCCCUUCCCACAAACCCUGGUGUCUCCUCAGCCCCUUCCCACAAACCCUGGUGGCUCCUCAGCCCCUUCCCACACACCCUGGUGUCUCCUCAGCCCCUUCCCACACACCCUGGUGGCUCCUCAGCCCCUUCCCAAAAUUCCCACAAACCCCCGUGGCUCCUCAUCCCCUGGUGGCUCCUCAUCCCCUUCUACAAACCCCGGUGGCUCCUCGUCCCCUGGGGGCUCCUCAUCCCCUUCCCACAGACCCCCGUGGCUCCUCAUCCCCUGGGGGCUCCUCAUCCCCUUCUACAAACCCCGGUGGCUCCUCAUCCCCUGGGGGCUCCUCAUCCCCUUCCCACAAACCCUGGUGGCUCCUCAACCCCUUCCCACACACCCUGGUGGCUUCUCAACCCCUUCCCACACACCCUGGUGGCUCCUCAGCCCCUUCCCACAAACCCUGGUGGCUCCUCAUCCCCUGGUGGCUCCUCAUCCCCUUCCCACAAACCCCCGUGGCUCCUCAUCCCCUGCUGGCUCCUCAUCCCCUUCCCACAAACCCCCGUGGCUCCUCAACCCCUUCCCACAAACCCUGGUGGCUCCUCAGCCCCUUCCUGGAAUGUUGUAGGACCCUGAUGAGUCCUUUGGGAUCUGGGGAUGGUUCCUGGAAUGUUGUAGGACCCUGAUGAGUCCUUUGGGAUCUGGGGAUGGUCCCUGGAAUGUUGUAGGACCCUGAUGAGUCCUUUGGGAUCUGGGGCUGGUCCCUGGAAUGUUGUAGGACCCUGAUGAGUCCUUUGGGAUCUGGGAAUGUUCCAGGAGUGUUGUAGGACCCUGAUGAGUCCUUUGGGAUCUGGGGAUGGUUCCAGGAAUGUUGUAGGACCCUGAUGAGUCCUUUGGGAUCUGGGGAUGGUCCCUGGAAUGUUGUAGGACCCUGAUGAGUCCUUUGGGAUCUGGGGAUGGUCCCUGGAAUGUUGUAGGACCCUGCUGAGUCCCUUUGGGAUCUGGGAAUGUUCCAGGAAUGUUGUAGGACCCUGAUGAGUCCCUUUGGGAUCUGGGGAUGGUCCCUGGAAUGUUGUAGGACCCUGAUGAGUCCUUUGGGAUCUGUUGCUGGUCCCUGGAAUGUUGUAGGACCCUGAUGAGUCCCUUUGGGAUCUGUUGCUGGUCCCUGGAAUGUUGUAGGACCCUGAUGAGUCCUUUGGGAUCUGGGGAUGGUCCCUGGAAUGUUGUAGGACCCCGAUGAGUCCUUUGGGAUCUGGGGAUGGUCCAGGAAUGUUGUAGGACCCUGAUGAGUCCUUUGGGAUCUGGGAAUGUUCCAGGAGUGUUGUAGGACCCUGAUGAGUCCCUUUGGGAUCUGGGGAUGGUUCCUGGAAUGUUGUAGGACCCUGAUGAGUCCCUUUGGGAUCUGUUGCUGGUCCCUGGAAUGUUGUAGGACCCUGAUGAGUCCCUUUGGGAUCUGGGGAUGGUCCCUGGAAUGUUGUAGGACCCCGAUGAGUCCUUUGGGAUCUGUUGCUGGUUCCUGGAAUGUUGUAGGACCCUGAUGAGUCCCUUUGGGAUCUGGGGAUGGUCCUGGAAUGUUGUAGGACUCUGAUGAGUCCUUUGGGAUCUGGGGAUGGUCCUGGAAUGUUGUAGGACCCUGAUGAGUCCCUUUGGGAUCUGGGAAUGGCUCCAGGAAUGUUGUAGAACCCUGAUGAGUCCUUUGGGAUCUGGGGAUGGUCCUGGAACGUUGUAGGACCCUGAUGAGUCCCUUUGGGAUCUGGGGAUGGCUCCAGGAAUGUUGUAGGACCCUGAUGAGUCCCUUUGGGAUCUGGGGAUGGUCCCUGGAAUGUUGUAGGACCCUGAUGAGUCCUUUGGGAUCUGGGGCUGGUCCUGGAAUGUUGUAGGACCCUGAUGAGUCCUUUGGGAUCUGUUGCUGGUCCCUGGAAUGUUGUAGGACCCUGAUGAGUCCUUUGGGAUCUGGGAAUGUUCCAGGAAUGUUGUAGGACCCUGAUGAGUCCUUUGGGAUCUGUUGCUGGUUCCUGGAAUGUUGUAGGACCCUGAUGAGUCCUUUGGGAUCUGGGGCUGGUCCCUGGAAUGUUGUAGGACCCUGAUGAGUCCCUUUGGGAUCUGGGAAUGUUCCAGGAAUGUUGUAGGACCCUGAUGAGUCCUUUGGGAUCUGGGGAUGGCUCCAGGAAUGU